AUGCGGGCUAGUUAUUUAUCUCAGGAUGAUUCUGAAACUGAGACAGAGCAGGUUUUCAAUUCCUUUGAAGCCUACCUAAAUAUUGGAAGACAUCUCCUUUGCCUAAAAGACUACAAACGUGCACUUACUUACUUAGAUAAAGCUCAAGAAAUCGAGCCAAAUCACGUAAAGUGUCUGCUAAUGCGCUCAACAUGUAACCUACAUCUUACAAAUAAUGAUAAAGCAAUCAGUUUGGCCAAACGAGCCUAUGAGAUGACCAAGAGAGAUCCACAUGUGAUUUUACUACUGGCAGAAGCAUACUAUAGAAAUGGUGAAUUUGAAAUGGCUCUCAAGUACUUCACCAACGGGAGACGAAUUAGAUCCUCAAUGGAUGUAUUCACCUCCGGAAUUCACAAAUGUGAAGAGGCUAUUCAGAAUAAUUGUGGUGGGACUGAGCCUAAAUUGAUGCCUGAUUUGGAUCUCACCGACUAUUACUCCCAAGCGUUUCCACUUAAAGACCCGUCCAGUAAUUCAAGCAUCUGGGAUAAAAAACGUGAUCAAGAUACUUGGCCGAAAAUGAUGCCCCCAGAGAUUCUCCGCAAAAUCUUCGGGAAGCGAUACUGGGAGCUCCCAUAUAUUCAAGAGAUCUAUGAUGCUGAAGUUUAUCGCCAUACUUGUCUCGAAAUCUAUGCCAAGCUUUUACCAACCAAAGUUGAGGUUUCAUCACUAACUUCAAGAUAA